UACUUGCGAAUCAUUUCGCAUAAUGGAGGACGCAGCUACGACCGUGCAGGAGUUCGAGCUCACGUGGGUCGUGUACGACCCGCAGGAUCCGUUCGGGGCCGUUCUGGCACUAUGUACACUGUCCCCCAUCUUCCUCGUGAUCGUGUACAUCACAGUCGUGGCCUCGCAGCGAGACUUGGACAGUAUCAGCAUGCUCGUGGGACAGCUCGUGAGCGUCGUCCUUAAUAAGGUGCUGAAGAAGCUCAUCAAUCAACCGCGACCGGAAGGCGCGUACAUGACCGGGCCGGGAAUGCCGUCGGCGCACUCCCAGUUCAUGGGCUUCUUCGCAGCCUACGUGGUGAUUUACACGUGGAAGAGGUUGAACACGCGUCGAUUUCUGGAGCAGUGGUUCACUAUCUUCAGUGCUAUUACGUCGGCAGUACUGACUUGCUACUCGCGAAUCCAUUUGAACUACCACUCGAUAGACCAAGUAGUUGUUGGUGCGGCCAUCGGAGUGCUCACUGGUGUUGUCUGGUACGCCCUGGUCGCUGCGGUAAGUUGGUUUAGACAAUGAUAUGGUGAUUGUUAUCGUACAAGGGCUGACGCUUAUGCGAUUACAUAUUGAUACAGACCUCUCCGUGGCUGUUCCCUUUGGUGGCCGAGUCGCGCCUUGCCAAGUUCUUCUACGUCCGUGACAUCUCACACAUCCCGGACCUGACAGUCUACCAACACGAAGUUUGCAACAACACUGCUGCUACUUCUCCUAAAAAGAAGUCCCAGUAGGUGUAUAAAGCACACUCCUGCGCAUGGGGAGCAUCAAAUGAGCCCUGUGCUUGCUAAAUAGAAUUGAGACUUGUUCAUUCUUACAAAUUACCUUGCCACGGUGGCGCAGCUAGUAGAUCACCUUCAAUAUCGAGCUGGAUGGCGUCCAGUUCUUGCUCCA